AUGAUCCUACCAAAAGGGGGCGUGAACUGGAAGGCUGCUAGAGCUAGACUUCCACCAUGGAAGGCCGUCCUAGUCUUUCUGACUCGCACAAGACUAUUAGUCUCAGUUGCCCUCACGGGGCUGAUCGUGCUGUUAUGGAGAGGCAUAUUUGUCUCGACAAAAGAAAUGUCAAAUUUCUAUUGCUUCGGACCUUCGAAGCCCCCCAUCGAGAUGACCACGAAUGAGCUGGUCGCAUGGAAUCAACACAUCCCCACCCCUGUAUUAUUCAACCAUCACGAGCCAUAUCAAGUCAACGCCUCCAGCAUCGAGACCGUUGAUCUCAACCCGAUCGUCUCCACCAACCGCGCUCUCAGCAAUAGGGAGCGCGUCCUCAUCCUCACUCCGCUCCGAGAUGCUGCUCCCUACCUCAGCAAAUAUUUCGAUCUCCUUUCCGAACUGACCUACCCACACGAAUUGAUUGAUCUCGGCUUUCUUGUCGGCGAUUCGGUAGACGAUACGUUGUCUGUGCUUGCGUCUGAACUGAACAGGAUUCAGUCAAGAUCCGAUAACAUUCCAUUUCACAGUGCCGUUAUCGUGCAGAAAGACUUCGGCGGGUCGGCCAGCCAGAUGGACGUCGAGUCAAGACAUGGAUUCGCUGCGCAGGGUCCUCGAAGGAAAGCCAUGGGUCGGGCCAGGAAUUAUCUUCUCUCGGCUUCGCUCAAGCCAGACCACUCGUGGGUAUACUGGCGCGAUGUCGACAUUGUCGACAGCCCCAAAAAGAUCAUCGAGGACUUCGUUGCCCAUGAUAGGGAUAUCCUCGUGCCGAAUAUCUGGUUUCACCGAUAUGAGAACGGCCGCGACAUCGAAGGCCGCUUCGACUACAACUCGUGGAUCGAGUCGGACAAGGGCCGCAGACUGGCCGCAGGGCUCGACAAGAACGUGGUCUUGGCUGAGGGCUACAAGGAGUAUGACACCGGUCGUGAAUACAUGGCCCGUAUGGGAGACUGGAGAAACAACAAAGACGAAGAGAUCAAACUGGACGGCAUUGGUGGUGUCAACAUACUCGUCAAGGCUGAUGUUCACCGAUCUGGCAUCAACUUCCCAUGCUACGCAUUCGAAAACCAGGCUGAGACCGAAGGUUUUGCAAAAAUGGCCAAGCGUGCUGGCUACGAGGUGAUUGGAUUGCCCAACUAUGUUGUGUGGCACAUUGAGUGA